AUGUUUCGUGGAGUGAGAGUUCCCGUGGCGGCCGGCAGCGCGGAGAGAUUCGAGGUGCUGAAGGUGCUGGGUCGCGGCGCCUUCAGCACGGUGCACCUGGUGCGCAAGGUCGGCGGGGAAGACGACGGGCGCAGCUACGCCCUGAAGGAGCUGCCGAAGGGGCAGUACAGGACCCAAGAGGCGCUGUCCAGGUUCCUCCUGAAGGAGCGGCGAGUGCUGGAGGCUGUCGGCGAGGCGCCCUUCCUCCUGCACCUGCACUACGCCUUCCAGACGGAGGAGGCGGCCUUCUUGGUGGUCGACCACGCGGCGGGAGGCGACCUCACCGCCGUGCUGGAGGACCUGGGGUUCCUGGCGGAGGACCAGGCCCGCCUGGUGCUGGCCCAGCUCUUCACGGCCCUGGACACCCUCCACUCGCUCGGCGUGAUACACCGCGACGUGAAGGCCGACAACGUGCUGGUGGACGGCGAGGGCAACGUGGUGCUGGCCGACUACGGGCUGUGCUCGGAGCCGGCGGAGGAAGGCUGCCUCGUCGGCCGCACCAUAUGCGGGACGGUGGAGUAUAUGGCGCCUGAGGUGUUCCUCAGGCGUCCGCCCGGGUACACCGCGGCCGUGGACUUCUGGGGCGCGGGCGUUCUGGGCUUCGAGCUGCUGACGGGGAUCCUGCCCUUCGACCCCAAGUUCAAGGGCGACAGGAAGAAGACAAUUCACAAGAUCAUAAGAAAGGAGCCGAAGUACCCGCCGCGCCUGUCGCCAGAGGCGGCGGACUUGCUCAGGAGGCUCCUGUGCAAGAAGCCCCACAAGCGCCUCGGAGGGCCGGCGGCUGACCUGACGGAGUUGAAGCUGCACCCAUUCUUCCAGGACCUGGACUGGGAGGAUCUGCCGCCCCCCUUCAGGAGGAGAGAGGGGCCGGAGUGGGCUGCAGAGAGCCCCGUGGACGGGGGUGCCUCAGAGGUCGGAGAGGUGCCAGUACUCAUGCGAGGACACCUGUCGGGCUUCGACUACACGUCGCCAGUCCACCAGCAGCCCUCGGCCAGACAUCAGCCCCCGUCCAGCCCCCAGCCCCCGUCUAGUCCUCGGACCCCGGCACGUCGUCCACAGCUCACGUCCAGUCCACUGCCCACGUCCAGUCCACGGCCCCCGGCAAGUCCACAGCCCACGCUCAGUCUACGGCCCAAGUCCUGUCCACUGCCGUCGUCCUGGCUUCUACCCCCGUCCAGUCCACGGCCCCCGGCAAGUCCACAGCCCCCGACCAGUCUACAGUCCCUGUCCAGUCCACAGCCUGUCCCGUCGGCGACUCCUUCCUGGUCGAGCGGGGACUUCGAGGCGGAGGAAACGUCGGUCGCGGAGCGAGUACUGAAGAAACUUUGGUGGCUGAUAUUAAAGGCUGAAGCCUUGAGAUUGUCUGCCCGACUUGAACAUGUGGAAGAGACGACUGCUACUCUGCACAGCAGGUUCGAUGCCAUCGGCAGUGAGGUCGAGCAAGCUGCAGCAAGUGCAGCAGAGGCCAAUGCAUCUGUUCUCUACCAACGGGUAGAAUGCCACCAACAGAGAAUGGAGACCCAGGUGCAGAUGCUGGAACGGCAACUGCAAGAGCUGGGAUCUGCCCACAACACCAAUCCAGCGACCAACAACAACAGUCCCAUCGAGGAGCCCAGAAGAAAGGAACUCCUGCUCUUGGAUAAGCUACAGAAGCUCAACCGCUCGCAAUCCAGACAGGAGGAACCUGGUAAAAGCUCGUCUUACCAGAAGCACCAGCCGGUGCACAACUACUGGCAGUCACGAGAGAGCAAGCAGAAUGUCAACCGACCAGCUGCUUUGGACCAGUGGUGA